UUGGGGGGUUGAGUAACGGGGGUUUGUGGGACCCAUUAAGGCCUUAUAACGGCCCUGACACCGGCCCAAUCGCUGCUUUUAGAGGCGCCAGGGGAAGGGGGUGGGGCUGACUGGCUGAGAAUUGUGUGACGUCACGGAGCCCCGCCCUGCAGCCCCUCCGGCGGUUGGCCGCGACGCCGUUGCUAUGGUGACGCUACCGGAAGUGAUGCGGAGUGGCAUUGAGGCGGGUAAGCGCGGCCCGGUUUGACUUGAGAGAGAGAAGCUGAAGGGACUGAGCGGCAGCGGCUUGUGCUCCUCAGGCGGUAACUAUCCCUACACCGAGCAGCUCUCCGGUAUUUGGCUCCCAGUUACCAAAGAUAUAAUCGCUAUAUAGUGCAAAAAUGGAUCACUCUUCAGGUUCACUUUCAAUGUCUUAUUUAAGAGCCGGCAGGACUUCAACGAAUGUUUCACUCACAAAGAAGCCAUCGAAGGGCAAAAAGAAACCGCAGGCCAGAAAGGAAUGGGAUAGUACAGUCAGUGAUCUCACGGUGCUCCGUGCCACAAAUGAAGAGCUGGAGCACCGGCGGGAGAUACACAGAUCCAAGAACCAGUGGCUGGCUCGUUGGGAACUCCAGAACAAAGCGACAAAUAAAAAGUCGGAGAAAGAAAAUGGAGGAUAUUCAGCUCUUUUGGAAAAUUCACGCCUAGCUCUAAUGAAGGAGAUCCUUUCUGAUCAGUAUUUGAUGAAUGAUGUAUUGGAGAGGUCAGACCGAGCCCUUGCUGUAGUGAAGGACCUGUUUGGAGAUGCUCCUCGCAGACACACAGGAUUUCCCAGUGUGACUAUGGCUCCUUCCUGUGAUCUGGACACAUCCCGAGCACCCAUAGUGCAGAAGAAGGAUCCCCCAACCCAGCUUUCUAUUCUGAGCGAGUCAAUCAUGGAUUCCCAGGCUAUCAAUGAAGUGGACAAAUCACUGAGUCCGGCUGAAUACAGCGACAGUGAAGCUGAGGUUACUAUUAGCACGCAACCCAACAGAAAGGCAGAGAGGGGACAACAGUUGCUGAGUGGGGAGGGACCAAAGAAUGAGGCCUUUAUAACCCCUUGCAAAUCAGGAGGUGACCCAUCGCAAACACACUGUGCUCUAAACGCCACCACGGCAGUCAACAGAGUGAAAGUGCGCAGAACAGAGGAAGAGUCGCCAAAGCCGGAGGAAUCAGAAUCUAUUAUAGGCCGCGUUCUAAAUCCCCAGGGGAAGGCAAAUAAGAGAAUCUCAUCAAAAGGAAAGAAAACCCGUAGCGCAACCCCCUCUCACACCAAGGAUCUGAGUGCUUGCAGGGAAUCCCAGCACGAACUGACAGCCAGCAACCAGUCCAGCCUGGGCCUCCUGAACUCUAUGAUCCAGGAAGUAGAGCAGGAUCUGGCCGAGUAUGAGAGGCAGACAGGACGGGAAGUGAUAUCCGCACCCCCAGCUCAUGGUCUGACAGGAUUCACUCUCUCUCUUGUCAGCUCGUUGAAACGAGUGGUGUCGUACCUGAAGGAGAGUGACCUGCUGCUGCAGCGAGAGGUGAAGGAGAGGCAGCACCUGCAGGGGGAGCUAGUGGAACAGAGGCUGAUGCUCGAUGCUCUGACUGCAGAAAUUCUCACCCUGAAAGAAGGAAACAACAUCCAUGAGAAUCACUUACAGACCAAACAGCGCCCAGAAGUAGGAGGGGACAAGAUGGCUGCCAUCCCCCAAGAAAUGGAAGAGCUUCCUGUAGUCAGUGAAGAACCUUGCAGAACCUCAGCUGAGUGCAACCUUUCCAAGGUCAAUCAAUUCCUGGAUUCGCAGGAUGGGCCAGAUACAGAUGAUAAACACGGCAGACUUGGGGUGUCCAAGGAAGAAUGUGGCCCCUGUUUGUACCCCCAGGGCAGAGCUGCGGAGGAGCCCAGAUUAGCCAGCUCUGUACCCUCACGUAUGUUCCAGCAAGCUGUCUUGUUAUCCCCUCCCAGGCAGAAAACUGUCAGUGAACUCAGCAGCCAAUCAGCAGUUCCCAAGAGUUACAAACAUAGUAACCGCCCAGCCCAGGGGGGCCAACAAGUCAGCCAUCAUCCUACUGCAUCUACAGAAAAGGAACCCCCCAGCCAAGGACUAGAAAUGGGUCAAAACCAAAUAAAUCGCCUUCAAAACGAGGACCUUGUUUCCCAUAUGCAGCAGCUGGCGCUUCAGAAUGCAGCACUUAAGGCUCAGCUUGGGCAAAUACACUUUCCUCCAGCAGGAAAUGCCCCAGAAGGGGGCAAAUCUGUGCCAGCCGAAGAGAACCGUAAUCCAGAACCUGCUACGGAUCCACCGCAGAACAAAGCAGCUCAGGUCCCAGGGAGCCUGGAGAUGCGCAUCGCAGAGUUAAACAGGCAGAGUGCAGAAGCGCGGAACAAGCUCCUAAAACUUAUUGAGCAGCAGAAGCAGAGCAUUGUGGUUUCUCCCACAUUAUCUCCCAUAACCCCCCAGGACAGGCGCACAGAUUCCUCCCUGGAUACGACCCCCCCUUCCUCCUGCAGGACCUCGGGCACAAGGUUCUCCAGUGCAUCUAACAAGAGCACCUCUUCCAUCAACUCGUCUUUUGGGAGUGUGAGAUCGGCCUCUGCUGGGCGGAGGUCCCAGGUACGGUAUAAACCUGUAUUGCUGAGCUGUAGUACGGUGUCUGCACUGGGCCAAAAUCAAGCAGAAUAAUGUAAAAUGGAGAAAUCUAAUGGAAGGGAACAUUAUAGGCUUUAUAGGUGCCUACGGAUCUGAUACAGGGCAGUUUGUGCUCACAGGAAGCUGCUGAAUCCGCACUAUGAUAGGGUAGUGCAUAUACUUUACUGCAGUGUGGGAAAGCAACAGGCCAGCCUGUACCCCCCCUGACUUACCUCUCCCACUCUCUUACAGGCUGACAGUGAGAGGGGCGAGGGCUGGUUUGCUCUUUCUGCCCACGUCUCCUAACCCCACCGGACCCCCAUCAGCUCCCUGCCGUGUCUCCUGUGUUAUUUAACUUAUUUAUAUGUUUAUCAAUAAAAAAAUCUGAGUUUUUAUUAACUCUUUGUAUUGUCUGCA